UUAACGUAUAAAUGACACAGGAGCGAAAACAGUAAUCAACGGAGAACAGUAACGCCCGCAAAUUGUGAAUGGUCAUACUUCGAGAUGACAAGGAGCAUGGAAACGGAAUAUCUUUUAAGACAACCAAACAAAAAUUGUCGGGAUCAGAAGUUAUACGUCUUUUUAAUAAUUUCUGUAACGUUGGUAGUCCUGUCAAUUCUUGUCGCUGGACUGUUAUUAGGCUACAUCUGCUGGGAAAGAAGUAACUAUGACAACGAGAAGGUUGUUCAUUUAAAAAACGUUCUGCCGAGCUCGCAUGGUGUUGUGUUCAAAGUUUCUGCUGAAAACUCCUCUGCAUACAUCAGUACAGAUGAUAUCAAGAUCAAGUGGGAAAUCGAACCGAACAGUUUGAGAUACCAACAAGAAAUCGAGGAUACGACCGGAAACGAAAAUAUUUUCACAACUGUCAGUAUAAUGGAUCAAAGAGCAGUGAUUUCCUAUCGACUAGAUAACGAGACAACAUGGACAUGUGCAAGGGAUUUGAAGAUAUUUCAAUGGUUUUCUAUUUUGCGUGUCAUGAUGGAUUCCGUGCAGUCUUAUAGCACGGAAGAGGACUGUCCUGAAUAUGUAUGGAAAGUACAGUAUGAAGGAAAACCAGUUUCGAUCUGUUUCACUGACUCUCAAAUCACUUACAUAAGGCAUGGCAACAAACUUGCCAAAUUGGAAGAGUGGUCGACCCCAUCACGAUCUUCCAUCAAGCUGCCUCAGGUUGCUCCCAGUUGUGAAGUCAAAUACUCUCAAGUACAUUCACUCAACAUGCCCAAAUACGAUCAUCAACCGAAUAUUUCGGAGUCAGUCAAUAACACAGGAGCGUUUCAUUAUGAGGCGUUGAUACGAUCAGAUUUACUGACUAGAAGCAACAAGCCAGACUGUUUGUUCGUACACGGGAUAGGUGUAGAGACACCAAAGACAGGAUUCAAUGUUCUCAAAAGCAUGGAUUAUUGGGGCCAUAUUGAAAAGGAUACUCCGCAGUGUUCAUCACACAGAUUUAUUCAAUUCAACACGGUCGACAAUGGCUGGGACUCAACAGCUUUGCAUCAGAUGUUUUGCAAGUUUGCCACUGGCUCAGAGUCAGGAGGGAAAAUUUCCAACAAGAUGAUAUUUUCCCACUCCAUGGGAAACAACAUCGUGGCGGCCGCGCUUUACAGGAAGACAUGCACCUUUGAUAAGAUCACCAGCAAAUGGUUUGCUGUCUCUGCACCCUGGAAAGGUAGCAAGGUGGUUGACACUCUCGAAGCCCUCUGUGCUGGUUAUAUAAAUUCCAAACACUCCUUCAAAAUCCCACGCGUAGUUACAUAUGUAUUAAGACACACAAAGUAUUGCUUAAAGAAUGGGAAAAUGUCGCCAGCUUACAGAACACUGGCACCCGCAUACAAGUCCAAAACAGGAAUCACUUACGAAGACCUUGUGUCCCAAGCCCGUCAAUACGUUAAAGGAGCAUUGUGUGGAACGUCACCGUGGGGCAUCGGUCUGAACCUCGUUUUCAGUGAAGCUUUAAAGCUCAUACAGGAGUACACCAAUCUCGAAAAGCCAAACGAUGGUGUCGUGGCACUAAACAGCUGUGAUAUCUUUGGUGAGAGAUUCCAGAAUUCAGCAGUUAGCAAAUUCUACAAGGCACCCAUUAAUCACCAUGAGAGUUCUACGAGGGAAGGCUGUCCUGAUAUCAUCUGCGGCUGGUACAAACACUUGUAGAGCGAUG